UUGAAUUCCAUAGGUUUCAAGAGGGAGUCCAGAUUUCAUCAUAUAUCUGAACAACUCCAAUCGAAAUUUCCGUAGCAUAGUGCGGUUGAUUAUUUAUAUCUGUUUUUGUUGGCUUCACUACUGUUUGGUGCGGAAGCAAGCAGGGAAGUAGAGAAAAUUAAAUAAAUAAAUAAAUACAGAAAGGGAGAGCCUCUUCUCUUCGUGAUAUUUCCGAUCCAGAGUAACGAUCUGCAUCUCGUGUGAAUCUGGGAGAGAAGGGAAGGAAAUGAUCCACGCUGCUGGGUUCAUUCCAUCUUCAAGCCUUCUGUAAGUUUUUCUUUCUUCCUUUAUUUUCGAGAAUUCCAGAUUCGAGAACUUGAUGAUAUAUACAUGAAUAUUAUUACUAUUUAAUUCCUCUGAUCUUAGUCAUGUCCUCAUGAUGCUUAGGCUUUUCAACUCUGAAAUUUCCCCAAGAAGAUUUCUAAACUGUUCUUGUUAACUUUUUUGAUUUGAGGUUGACUGGUAUUUGGCUUUUUCCUCCAAAGAACUCCACAUUGGUCUUACUGGGUUCGGCGCCUGUGUGUUUUUAAUUGAAUUUUCGGGAGCUUAUUUUUGGAAUCUUGUUGUUUACGCUUUUCUUGCACAUGGUUAUUCAUCAAAAUGCAUUUACAUUUGACGCUGAUUUUAUUAAAGGGCUUGAUGUUUUUGCUUAUGAUGAUUGGCCCAAAUUGAAUCGUUAAGGCAGUAGAGUUUGCAUUUACUCUAUUCCAGUCGAGCUCUCAUUAUUUAGCUGCAACAGCCGUGAUUGUAAGAGGUGGGUUUUCUUGACCAUAGAGAAGAAAUAUGAAUUGAAGGGGUGGAAUCAAAGACCACCAAAAAAACACUGACGGCCUAAUGAGUUGAGAGGCAGAAUCCUCCUUUUCUUUUUGCUUCCUACUAGUUAUGCUUUGGAUUCCUGAAGUUCAAUGAGAUGACAAUCAUGGAGUCCACCAGGUAAUUAUUUGGAGGGCACAGCGCAAAGCUCUUUCCACAAACAUCACUGAAAACUCGUUAUAACAGUGGGCAAGCUGAAUAUUUAUAGCUUUAUGUGUUCUUGGGUGUAGUGCAAGAAGGUGGGUAAACAUGCCAGAAUUGCUGAUUAUUCAUGUCAGAGACCAUAAUUUUCUUGAAAACCGUAAACCUUCCUGAGGUCAAUCAUACACAGCAGAAACAGAAUGUCAAGUCAAUCUAUUCAGAAAGAGUUUUUGGUUUAUUUAAUUUGAAAAGUUCCACUUCAACCUUCAUGGUAAUAUUUGUGACGAAUUCUGAAACAGAGCAGACAUAUCUUGUUGCUUCUUAUUGAAUAUAGGCUGUUCUUUGCUGAUUCAUUUCAUAGGCUAUUGAUUGAUGCACUUUGGAUUUUAUUAUUCCUCCAAAUCGUGAAGAUUUGCCAUGCCUUCUUCACUAGGGCCCAGGUCUUUUCCCAGCAGUGGCGUAUGGACAGGAGCAAAAGGCCUUCACUUCUGCUCACGGCCAUAGCAUCUUUAAUAGAACAGAUCAUAUCUGUUGUAGUAGUGAAAAUUGAUACUCAGCAAUCUUAAAUCUUACAAACGAUGAGAUUGGAAUCACAUUUUUUCAAUUAGAGAGCUGUAGGAUUGAGUGAACUCAGUUUUCCUUAAUAUUUUCUUCUGGAAUUUUUUGGUCCUCAUUGGGUAUAAAGACCUGUGAUUCUGUAACAGGCCCUCUUCUAUUCCACCAGAACCUAGCCUUUUGCUUGUGAAGAAACUUGGGAUCCCCUAGUCUCUAUCCAACUGAGCUUGGAAGCCGUAUGUCUAUUUUCAUACUAUAAUUGCUUCAAGCACUUAUGACUGUUCCCUCAUCCACCAUGAGUUCUAGUGUUUCAACAUCUCGAGGAAUGCUUCCAUCAGCAAGGCUUGAUGCCCAUGGAUCAAAUUCUGGGACUCCUGGUUCUUUUGGCCAAUCGGUACCGGAGUUCAAUGACACUGAUGAAACAGGUCUGCUCUCUGUAUCCUGGAAUCAGGACCAUGGUUGCUUUGCUGCUGGCACAACCCACGGGUUUCGUAUUUAUAGUUGUGAUCCUUUCAAGGAAAUUUUCAGACGUGAUUUGAAAAGUGGGGGAUUUGGGAUUGUUGAGAUGCUGUUUCGUUCCAACAUUCUAGCACUAGUUGGUGCUGGAACUAAUUCCCAGUACCCUCCAAGCAAAGUUAUAAUCUGGGAUGAUUAUGAGAGGCGAUGUAUUGGUGAAUUUUCAUUUAGAUCUGAUGUUCGUGCAGUGAAAUUAAGACGUGAUCGCAUUGUUGUUGUUGUUGAGCACAAGAUAUAUGUUUACAAUUUUACAGAUCUGAAGCUUCUUCAGCAGAUAGAGACUCUGGCAAAUCCCAGGGGACUUUGUUGCCUUUCUCACCAUUCGAAUACAUUUGUGUUGGCUUGCCCUGGUCUUCAAAGAGGACUGGUUCGGAUUGAACACUUUGGGCUGAAUAUGACAAAGUUAAUUAAGGCUCAUGAUUCUCAUGUUGCAUGCCUCACUUUGACAAUGGACGGGCUUCUUCUUGCAUCUGCUAGUAUGAAAGGCACUUUGAUACGAAUUUUCAACACAAUGGAUGGGACUCGCUUACAAGAGGUGCGUAGAGGUUCAGACAAUGCGGAAAUUUAUAGUAUUGCUCUCUCUCCGAAUGUUCAGUGGUUGGCUGUGUCAAGUGAAAAAGGUACCGUUCAUAUAUUCAAUCUCAGAGUUCGAGUGGUAGGGGAGGAUUCAUCAAAUCAUUCUAUCACUGCACAAGGUCCAGCACCGUUUUACCGUAAUUCUUCAAAUUCCCUUGAUGCCCUUAUUUCUCCCAAUGCUGGUGCCAACCCUGGUUCAUCAUUGUCCUUUAUGAAAGGGUUUUUACCAAAAUAUUUUAGCUCAGAAUGGUCAUUUGCACAAUUCCGUGUACCUGAAGACACUCAAUUCAUUGCAACAUUUGGAUCUCAGAACACUGUCAUUAUUGUUGGCAUGGACGGGAGUUUCUACAGGUGCAGUUUUGAUCACUUGAAUGGAGGGGAGAUGUUGCAACAGGAAUACCACAGCUUUCUAAAGAAGGGUCAUCUUGAAUCUUGAUAGCUUGGAUUAGGGCAAUAUGUUCUCUGUAAAUGUGAGACUUGAAUGUCUACCAUUGUGAAUAUCAGAUCCCAUAAAAAAUGAUGCGUGCUUCUGUAUGAUGUACACGGAAUAAGAAAUAUCCCAGGCCUAGGACCUGUUAAUGGUAA